AUGAGGAGAUCGAUUUCUUCGAAAGCGAAGUCGUUCCUUCAUCGGAAUCUUCUGGAGAAAGGUAAUUCCGCAACUUCUCCGUCGUUUAGCAUUUGCGAUUUCUGUCUCUCCAGACGACGAGCUUACUCUGGUGGUGGCAGUGAUUACCGAGAGACAUUGAGAAAUGGGCUUCGCUCUAUGAAAUUAGAUGAUUCGCUUGAGCUCUUCUUUCACAUGGUUCAGUGUCGUCCUCUUCCCUCGAUCGCCGAUUUCAGUAGAUUGCUCAGCGCUAUUUCAAAGAUGAAGAAGUACGAUGUUGUGAUCUAUCUCUGGGACCAGAUGCAAAUGCUGGGCGUUCCGCAUAAUCUCUACACCUGCAAUAUCUUACUCAAUUGCUUCUGCCGAUGCUCUCAGCUCUCUCUCGCGCUAUCGUUUCUCGGGAAAAUGAUGAAGCUUGGUCACAUGCCGAGCAUUGUCACUUUCGGCUCUCUGCUCUACGGAUUCUGCCGCGGGAAUAGGGUUCACGAUGCUUUGUCAAUGCUUGAUCACAUGGUGGAAUUGGGAUAUGAGCCUAACGUUGUCGUCUACAACACAAUCAUCGAUGGUUUAUGCAAAAGCAAACAGGUGAAUGAAGCUUUGGAUCUUCUGAGCAGAAUGGAAGAAGAUGGAGUUACACCGGACGUUUUCACCUACAACUCUCUCAUCUGUGGACUUUGCAAUUCCGGUAGAUGGAGAGACGCUACUCGAAUGGUGAGCUACAUGAGGCAGAGAGAAACCAACCCUGAUGUGUUUACUUUCAAUGCGUUGAUCGAUGCUUGUGUGAAAGAAGGAAACUUUUCAGAGGCUGAGGAAUUGUAUAAGGAGAUGAUGAGAAGAUCCCUGGAUCCUGAUGUCGUCACUUACAGUUUACUCAUCGACGGGCUUUGCAUGUACAGCCGCUUCUACGAAGCGGAGCAAAUGUUCGGUUUCAUGGUGAGCAAAGGUUGCUUCCCUGAUGUGGUGACUUACAGUAUUCUCAUUAAUGGUUACUGCAAGUCUAGGAAGGUAGAGAGUGGGAUGAGACUCUUCUUGGAGAUGUCUCAGAAAGGAGUAGUUAGGAACACAGUCACUUACACAAUUAUUAUUCAAGGUUAUUGUCGAGUGGGGAAGGUUAAUGUUGCUGAAGAAAUCUUCAAGCAGAUGGUGUUCUGUGGUGUGCCUCCUAAUAUUAUCACAUACAACGUUUUGUUACAUGGCUUAUGCGAUAAUGGGAAGAUAGAGAAAGCGUUGGUGGUGUUGGAGGAUAUGCAAAAGAGUGGAAUGGAUGCUGAUAUCGUUACGUAUAACAUCAUCAUUAGAGGGAUGUGUAAGGCUGGUGAGGUGGGAGAGGCGUGGGAUUUGUAUUGUAGCCUUAGCCACAAAGGGCUUAUGCCUGAUAUUUGGACGUACACUACGAUGAUGUUGGGAUUGUACAAGAAAGGUCUACGGCGUGAAGCAGAUGCGGUGUUUAGGAAAAUGAAAGAAGAUGGGAUAUUGCCAAGUGAAUGCUACGUAUAUAGCUAG